AUGGGUGCCAUAGAGGCUUCCUUCAAGUGUUGCAGUGGGGCCAUUAUCGUCCUCACCAAGUCUAGAAGGUCUGCUUAUCAGGUAGCCAGGUACCGUCCCCGAGCCCCCAUCAAUGCCAUUACUCAUUGUGCUCAGGCGGCACGCCAGUCUCAUCUGUACCGAAGUGUCUUUCCUGUGCUGUGCAAGGCCCCUGUUCAUGAGUCAUGGGCUGAAGAUGUGGACCUCAGGGUUAACCUUGCCAUGGAAUUUGGCAAAGCUCGUGGCAUUUUCAAGAAAGAUGAUGUGGUCAUUGUGCUGAAUGGUUGGCGUCCAGGUCCGGGCUUCACCAACAUUAUGCGUGUGGUGCCAGUUCCAUAG